GCCUCGUGCAGCGCAGCUCGUGCUCGGGGCACAGCGCCCGGGCGUACGUCAGCUUGCGGCCACAGGGCAGCGAGCUCGCUGGCCAGCUGAAGUACAAGCCGUGCCGGGCGUGGUCCCUGAGGCUGGCGCCCUCGCUGUCGGCCCGCGGCCUGGCGGUGCAGGCCAUGCCGACGGUCGGGGACGGCCUCAGCAAGCUGCAGUGGGCGCUGCGCGCGCGCCGUGCCGGCCUGACCCUGCGGCUCUCGCUGAAGCGCUCUGGUCUGCGCUUCACGCUGCCCCUGGAGAGCUCUGGCCGGAGGCCCUGGGGCCCGUGCCGCUGCCCGAGCUCGGCCUGGCGCUGGCGCUGUGGGCGCUGCCCCCUCUCUGCGUGCGGGCCGCGGCCGCGCUCGGGGACGCGGCCCGCGGCGCGCUGGGCAGAGCCAGAGGCGAGGGGCGACCAGCCGCGCCCGCGGCCGCGGCGGCCGGGCCCGCCGCCGCCGCCGCCGGGGGCGAGGCCUCGGCGGCCUCAGCCGCGGGGCAGCGCCUGCUGGUGGCGCCGGAGGCGGCGCGGCGAAGGGCCGAGGAGGCUGCCUGCAAGGGCCUGGAGAUACUCGCCGGCUGGUACGGCGACCCGGGGCUCGCGGGGCUGGAGCUGCCGAGCGGGCGCGCCAUCGACGUGACGGACUGCCUCAUGGCGAAGGUCCGGCGCUCGCAGCUGCACAUCAGCGAGGUCUCCAAGUCGACCCUGCUGGGCUUCCACCGCCCGUGCGGCGAGGGCGCGGACCCUGUCCUCCGGGUGCGCUACCGCUUCGGGGGCGUCGAGCACGAGCAGACGUUCGGGGACCUCGAGCCCGUGCUGCUCCCGUGA